UUUGUGGAUUCAAACAAUUGGCAGGCUGAACUUGAAGCAAUGGAUGCAACAUUUGUUGUUUUCCAGCUGGUAAUGGCCUCCAUAGUUCAUGGUGCGUUGCUCAUUCGAGGCCCGAACCAGAACAUUAUGGAAGGUGACAGCGUCACGUUGGAGUGCCUGUACUCAGACAAUGCGUUCAACAUCAGUCGGGUGAGGUUUGAAAGCUUCUCAGAGCUCCUCGUGAUGUGGCGCCCAGUGUGGCCGACCUCUUGGUGCUUUUACGACCUGAAUGUGGAGCAGGUGGAUGACAAAAUGGUGCUGCACGUUCCCCAUGUUGCCCACUUUGCGGAGGGGAUCUUCCGCUGCGUGUCGGACGACCACACGCUGAGUGCACCGAACAACGCCUCCAAGACGCUGUCCUUCAAAGUGCACUAUCUGGGAGAGGUGCAUCUAUCCAGGGAGGGCUUCAGCAACUUCAUCGGUCUGCCACAGGAGCUUCGCGUACAGCGAGGAGACGACGUGGUGCUCAAGUGCUCGGCCAGCUCCUCGGAAGAGCCCGACUAUUGCUGGUACAAGGAGGGUGAUGACUGGAUCCUGCCAUCGUCCGUGAUAACACUAAAGAAAGUGAGCGACAUGGACAGCGGCGUGUACACGUGCACAGUGGACCAUCCCACAGCGUUGCUCGAAAAAAUGCGCAACAUUAGCCUGGUUGUUCUGCCUGGAAAUGUUUCAAAUGGUAUGUUGGGAUUGCUACGAUAUGCGGGGGAAGCUCAGGGCAUCGUUGACUUGACACCUCACACUCUACGGCUCCGAUCCGCAGAGAACGCCGGUUGGAUUGGACCCCACAGCGGCCAUCUCGUGCUGAUGACCUUCGGCCUCCCGGUGCUCGCCGCCGUGUUGAGUGCGUGCAUAUACCACAGGAAGAAGAGAGCCAAGAGAAAACCCAUUGAUGACCGGUCCCAGACCAAGCCCAUCUACAAGGACAGCACAGAGGCUCUCCACUCAAACAGCCGAGACAAACAGCCUCUCGUCGCGGUGUGACGGCCGCGGCGAGGAUGGAAUGGAAGGAAGAUGGAGUGCGCGGCCAGAGAGUGACGGAUGGCGUCGGGUGGCUACUUAAGAGCGACCCAGAUGGUUAUAGAUGAGCGAGGCUAUAGGGAGGGCAGAAAUCGAAAGAAGUAGCUUGCAAAAAAAAAAAAAACACAAAAAAACCAGGGGUGAGUGAUUGCUUUGCGGGCGCUUGCGGGGGUGGGCCGUGGCCGUGGACAAAAGGCGAACAAUUUUCUCCCUAUUUAUUCCGCAGCGUGGAAGGUGAUGAGCUAUCGGCUUUUUAGCAUUGUUAGCUGGGGAUGUAUCUGGUGGGUGUGCACUUCAGAAUCUUUCGCCAAGAUAAUGUCGGAGUUUGAUUUCUGCAUGAGAUCUUCAUCUGGUUCCCAGAACAUCAUUUAACCCUUUUUAAGCUGCUUUUUACAACCUUUGCACCGUCAAUUGCUGAUUUCAUGGAAGACUUUUUUACUCACCGCCCACAACCUGUGCAUAUUAAAGUGCAUUAUGAAUAAUAAUCACAUGAAUGUACAAUCAGCGGUAGCCGGCAGCUUGGGGAUCCAUGUGGUGACGCAUUUGAAGCGGCUCUCUUUUCCCACCAUAGAAAAACCCAUAGAAAAUAUUUGCUUUAAACGUGGGGGAAUAUUGUAUUGUAGAUGCUUUUAUUGUAAUGUUUUUUUUAAACUCAUUUUCAGGUAUCUAAAUUGUGAUAAAGAAUAUGGUCCAGGGAAAGAAUACACCAUAAUUAUAUUCUUUCAAGUGAAAAUGAGGACGAAUCCUAUCAUUGUCCUUCUGUUGCCGGUCUCCUACAUUCUCGUCAUUGGGUCGGUCGCCUUCCCCCGACAAUAUUUCAUUUUGUUUUGCAUCUUCCGGUUUUAAAACUGACAGUCGAGUCCAGGGUAACAUUUUCAGUCUGUCAGCUAAACCACUAAUCAAAGCAGGAUUCCCAACAUUAUACAACUCUUACCUGUCUCCUCCUUUCUCGUUCGUCAUUGGGUCUUUCGGAUUACAUCUCAGGAUAACAUUUUAACAUUCCCCUAUUGUUACAAGAGUAAAAGAAAGUUAAACCUGUAAUUGAAGUAAUACACAUCUUGCCUGUCUCCUACAUGUUUGCGAUUGGGUCUUUUUGUUUUCUUUUUUUGUAUGGUUCCUCCACUGUGACUAAUAAGUAUAAAAAUAAUUUAAUGACUGUGACCAUGAAUCCUGCCACUGUAACUUUGAUAACAAGCGACGCUGAAGAAUGUGAUCGUGUUGCCGGAACGUAUAAUAUAGGGAAUACACACAAAAAAGCCAAAGAAUACAGAAGAAAAAACACGGCCACACCAUUGACGCUCACUGAACCGAGGUCACACGAGCUACGCUGGAGGCAUAUUUAGCGCAAAAUUGGUUGAAUUACAAAUUUUUCAGCGGGCAUUUGAGUGUAGGGCUUUUUCCUGAAUCAAGGGUGAAAAUGACGAAUGGAAAAGCAAUGAUGUAAUGAGUGUCCAAUCAAAUUGCUGAUAUGUAUCAGAUUGCUCUAAUAUUUCCGAUACUACCCCGAGGGGCCAUAGUUGCAUGGUACACAUCGGGGAUAUGCUCUAAUGUCCUAAUAGUUCUCAUUUCUUUCAUAGUUCACUUGUCCUCAUUGAUUGACUCACAGUCAGGCGUGUGGGGUCCAUUUUGAACUCGCGCUUCACUUCCCAAAUAUGGUUUCUUGUCCAAUAAGCAGAUUGCACAGGAAUCCAUGACUCUUUGAAUGUUUGCUACUUGUUAAAUAAAAUGAUUUGCUGAG